UUUUGAACACCUCUUCCCUCUCUCUCUUUCUCCUUUUAUAUAUUCUUCUCUUUUGUGUAAGUUUUUAAUGGUUGCGUGAAGGACAAGUUUGGAAUAUUGGUGUUUCUUUGUUAUUACAGAGAGAGAGAGAGAUCAGUUAUCGGUGAGUUUUGAGUUAAAUUUCUUUUUCGGUUUCUCGAAAUGGGGAAGAAAGAGUUGAGAGAUCAGAAAGUGGACGAAAGAGUUGAAGCUGUUCUUCAACUUGUUAGGAAACAGUCUCCAUUGACAGUGAAACAGGAGAAGUUCUGCAACUAUGCUUGCGUUGAGAGGUUUUUGAGAGCAAAAGGUGAUAAUGUGAAGAAGGCUGCUAAGCACUUACGAGCUUGUCUUUCUUGGAGAGAGAGUAUCGGCACUGAAAAUUUGAUAGCAGAUGAGUUCUCAGCUGAACUAGCUGAGGGAGUUGCUUAUGUAGCUGGACAUGACGAAGAGUCCAGACCUGUCAUGAUUUUCAGGAUCAAACAAGAUUACCAAAAGUUCCACUCUCAGAAACUGUUUACUCGUUUGCUGGUUUUCACAUUGGAGGUUGCUAUAGGAACCAUGCCCAAAAACGUCGAACAAUUUGUUCUACUCUUCGAUGCGAGCUUUUUCAGAUCAGCAUCGGCUUUUAUGAACUCAUUGCUGGCAGCACUGAAAAUUGUGGCCGAGUACUACCCCGGACGACUUUACAAGGCUUUUGUCAUCGACCCACCUUCCCUCUUUUCUUACAUUUGGAAGGGUGUUCGUCCGUUUGUGGAGUUAUCAACUGCUACGAUGGUGGUAUCAUCACUAGAUUUUGAAGAAUCGUUAGAGUUUAACGACUUUGCAUCGUACCCAAGAGCUUCGUCUCUCCGGUUUGACCCCUCGUCAAUCAAAUCGACGGCCAAGAUUGGUUCAUGCUCUUCCUCCAGAUUCUCCUUCACCGUAUCACAUCAUUUCGACUCCCUCAAGCCUUGGUAUCUCACCUUGACUGACACGUCAGUAUCCAAAGUUGGACCAACGAGCCCCUCCCCCUUUGGCCCGGCAUUGAUCUCCCCGCUCAACGCCAGGUCCCUCUCGUUCGCAUCGCCGGCUGCCAGGACGCCGCGUGGCAACAUCAGCAUGAGGAAGAGCUUGUUCCCAUCUACACCUCUACCGCAGCGCAGCAAAGCCAGCGAGUCCCUCCAAGCCAACCAUCCCCGGACACCACGGCCAUCUUUCCUCCAAUCACCUGCCAUGUUUUUCCGAAGGGAUUGCAACGUGAGCACCAAGACAGAAAAGUCUCGAGAAUCGUUCUUGCCCUUUUUGAAGUUCUACAGGAGGCCGUACGAUGAGAUGAUCUACAGGUCAAUGAUGCGGCCCCCAUUAGGCGGCCUCAUUUCCAUCGUCAAACGUCGCCACAUGUCAGCAUCGCAACGGUUCUAGACGCAGAUAACAAAAUCCCAAAAAACAAAAGAGAGAGGAAGAGUACAUAGAGCUGCUAUAUUUACAUUGACUUCAAGUGUUAAAGAACACUACUAAAUUACUAAUAAUAAUUUGAUUAAUUAUUUGUUUAUCUCAUGUUCAUGCUGCCACUCGUAUGAUUAUUAAUUUAAUGAACACGAGGAGGAGAAAGUGAAUUUAUUGAGGGAGACUACGUGCGAGGUGGGAUGUGAAAUAUCGUGCACCAUGUCAAAGAUUUUGAGGAUUGUGGCCUGGGAAAGUGUUUAAAGUCGGCGGUUUCGUGUAUUUGGAGGAGAAGCAAAGCAUGGGAAGAAGACAGCGUGGUCGAAACGUCGAACAUUGCAUUGGAAAUCAUUGUACCAAGAAGAGAACCAAAGUGUUGAAAAGAAGCACUAUAUUUUGUUUUUGAGUUUUGGGAAGGUGGAGAAUCUAUGACUUUGUUUAUGUAUGGACUUUUGGCUUUGGGAUGAAUAAAUAAAAUAAGG